CUCAUAUAGACGUUGAUCGCAAUUGCGGUUUCACGUAAAAAAAAAAAAAAAGAAAAUAGUGGAGUUUCUUGAAGCCUCAAAAUUCUCCAAACGCAGUUUAGUUAUAAGUGAAAGUUAACAAGUCUGCCUCUUUUCUGCGACUCCGGCCGGACGUGAAUAAAGGUGAAUGUAGAUAAACGGGAGCUUCUGUCGCGACAGCAUGGCGGCCGUUCACUUGCUGGGAUGGGACGAACAGCAGGCCUACGACGAGCUGCUGUACUGGGACAGUGUGAUCCAGCGGGGUCACCGCCUCCUGCCCGAGGACUAUGACAGAUACGAGGAGCUGCGAUACUGGUACGACUGUCUGUGUUACGAGGAGGAGCUGCGGCAGUAUCACGAAUACGUCGCUUCCAUUGGGACUGUGGAGGAAAAACCACAGGUUGAGGAGCCUGUUGCCCCCCCCAAACACAUAAGCGCCCACGAUCGCAUCGUGAUGGCCAAACACUCGGAGGUGUAUCCGUCAGCAGAGGACCUGGAGGCCGUGCAGACCAUCGUCUCUCAUGUGGAAUGUGCUCUCAAGGCUGCGUCCGACCAGAUCGAUGCUCCGAAGGCUGACGGCGACCCCGCCAAGGCCGAGAGCACAAGUGCCGAUUCCAAAGACCGCGUCCUGCGUGGGGUCAUGAGGGUCGGCCUGGUCGCUAAAGGACUCCUCCUGAAGGGAGACGCUGAGCUGGAGCUGGUCCUGCUGUGCUCCAACAAACCUACGGUCGCUCUCCUCAAACAAGUUGCUGAGAAACUCUCCGAGCAGCUGGAGGUCAUCUCCAAAGGGGCGUACAAAGUAAACGAGUGUCCUCAGGAUGCGGCCGUCACAGUGAAGAGCAACAGCGAGUCGGUCCUGUGUCUCAUCAUCCGCCUGACGUCGCCGCUCUUCAGGAUGGAGCAGACAGAAACGCAAAAAGUCGACGAUCCGCCGGACGUUCUGGACAGGCAGAAAUGCCUAACCGCCUUGGCGUCUCUCCGCCACGCCAAGUGCUUCCAGGCUAAAAUCUCCCAGUUGAAUUCUGCUCUGGUGGUGAUCCGGGUCACGAGGGAUCUGUGCUACCGCGUUCCGUCCUGGACGCCGCUCUUAGGAUGGCCUCUGGAGCUGCUGGUGGAGAAGGCCAUCAGCACCUGUGAGCGGCAGAUGGGCGUGGGGGAGUCUUUCCGCCGCGUCUUGGAGUGCGUCGCCUCUGGGAUCCUCCUGCAAGAUGGACCUGGCCUCAAAGACCCCUGUGAGAAGGAGGAGGUGGACGCCACCGCGGCCUUGACGCCGCAGCAGCGCGAAGACAUCACCAGCAGCGCUCAGCUGGCGCUGAGGCUGUGCGCCUUUGGGCAGAUCCACAAGGUUCUGGGGAUGGACAGCAGGCCCAAGGCUCGCAGACACAUGGCGGCCAUUCUCAAAGAAAACACAGCCCAGAUCCGCCCGUCCGAGCACUUCAACCUUCCCGCCAAGAGGCCGCACGGCGAGGUGGAGAAGGGAGAGGAGGAGGCCCAGCUCAACAACAAGCAGAGGAAGUUCCUCAAGUUCCAGAAGCGCUUCCAGAGGAAGUCAUUCACCGAUGACCUAAACAUGAACGCCGUGAUGCGUCUGAACCAGUACAAACCAGGCCUGGACUACAAACUCAUCUCCCAGACCGGGCCGGUCCACGAGCCGGUCUUCACCAUGACUGUGGAGCUGAACAGGAAGACCUACGAAGCCACGGGGCCUUCCAAGAAAGCCGCCAAAGUCAACGUCGCCAUAAAGGUCCUUCAGGAUCUGGGUCUUCCGACAGGCCCAGACCCCAAAGCGGAGCCAGUCGAGGCAGAAGAUCAGAAAUCGGCCGGCGCCGCGGCUGCGCCCGGGCCGGAGGGGGCGGCGGCUUCUCGACCUCCGUCAGAGGCGAGCGGCCAGGGUCCCAUCCUGACCAAAAACGGCAAGAACCCAGUGAUGGAGCUGAACGAGAAGCGCCGCAGCCUGAAGUACGAGCUGUCGUCAGAAACGGGGGGCUCUCACGAGAAAUGCUUCGUCAUGGAGGUGGAGGUUGAUGGGCAGAAGUUCAAAGGGAGGGGCUCCAACAAGAAGGAAGCAAAGGCCUACGCCGCCCUGGCCGCUCUGGAGAAGCUGUUCCCCGAAAACGACGGCGCCUCCAGCUUCUACAAAAGCGGCAUGAAGAAGAAGGUCACCUACACCGACAUGCACAUCCCGGGAUUCGGCACCAUCCGGGGAAUUCCCUCAGACUCGGGGUCCCGGGGCUGGGGGCCCAACAGAGGGGGCCGAGGCCGGGGCCGCGGUAAACCGUUCAACCCGGGACCCAACUACAACAAAACCAACUACAGCUACGAGAGCGGCGCCAGCGCCGGAUACCAUAAACUGUACGACAACACUGCAGUGAAGCCGGAGGACGCUUCCAGCAGCACCAGCGGCUACGGCACCUUCUACCCCGAGAGCAGCUCCACCUUCUCCGCCCCGCCCACCCCAGCCCCCACCAGCAUAAAGACUGAAAGCUACCAGUCCAUGCCGCCUCCCGCGGACCAGCAGAGCCCGUACAGUUACGGCUACGGCGACGAGAAGAAGAAGAUGCUGAUCCAAGGCCCCGGGGAAGGCCAGACGGACUUCUCCAUGUUCAGCACGGCCUACCCCAGCUCUGUGACCGGAGGGCGGGGCUACAGUGGUCACGGCUGGGGAGAGCAGCCGUCCUGGGAGGGCCAGCAGGGGUUCACGUACCAAGGCUUCGGAGGUCGCGGCCGGGGCUCGCACUCUGGAUACAACAGCUCCAACUUCUGAUGGCGUCUCCGUCCCGGCGUUGGGACGCGUCGUCUGAAGCACCGAAGCUGCAGCGUCCUGCUGGGUUCGUGGCGCUUCGGUCCACGUCUCACUGCAUCACAUCCAUGUUUCAAGAGUGAACUUCAAGGGUUUCUGUUUUUAAUCUGCUGUAGUGGUUCUGUAGCAGAACGUAACCGGAUCCGACCUGCUCGUCGUUUGGAAGUUUUGUCUCAAUAAAGAUCUUCUCAUCUUUUUAUAAGGAAAA